AGUUAAAGCCACAUGUUUGUAUCAAUAUAUAUAUGUAGAUGGUGAAUGUAUAUCUUUAGAAACAAAUAUGGCGAAACAGUUAGGAGUGGAUAAAAUUUAUAAUUUAUGGAAUAUAAUAAAAGCAAAUGGUGGUAUUUUAAAUUCUGUUUAUACUUUAUUCAGAAUGGAUACUUUAAAAGCAGGUACGUUAAUGGGUGAAGACAAAUAUGGAAACAAAUAUUAUGAAAAUAAUUCAUUAUUCUAUGGUAGGAAUCGAUGGGUAAUAUAUUCUGAAGCAGUUUAUUUAGAUUAUGAUGGAUCUCAAGUUCCAGCAGAAUGGUUUGGAUGGUUACAUUAUAAAACAGAUUUAAUUCCUUCUAAAGAUUUAAGUCGGCCAAAUUAUAAAUGGAUGGCAGAUCAUAAACCAAAUUUAAGUGGUACCAAUAAAGCUUAUAUGCCUUAUACUACUACAAAACCAAAAAUUAUACCAUGGAAACCAUCACAAUAAUAUAAUAUAAUUUAUUAUAUAGAGUUGCUUAAAGUAGUUAUAAUGAAAACAAAGAUAAUAUGUAAUUAAAUGUAAAUAAAUUAUUUAUAUAAAAAAUAUUAUAGUAAAUCUUGAUAUUUAUGAUCAUUUAA